UUGUGGCAACCCGCAAAAAAAAACAUCGAGUGGAAGACUCGGAAAAGAAAGCGGACUAUCCUCUUAUUCUCCCUCUUGCCCUAACUGCUUGGAAAGACGUCGGCCGUUGAGGCCAUGAAAUACGGCGAGCAAUUUGAGAGGGAGUCAGUGCCAGAAUGGAGCCUUCAUAAUAUCGACUAUAACGCCUUGAAACACCAUAUCAAGGUGCAUACGACCCGGGAUCAAGCAUCUGCCAUUGCCAUUCCCGGACAUCAAGACACUGCUCUGGCCAAGUUCGAAGAUGAGCUGUUCUUGGAACUAUGCCGGCAGCACGACCGAGUCGAUCUCUUCGUCACAAGCAAAGCCGAUGAGCUCUCAAGACGCCUACAACACUUAUCCCACCAUGUCCAGCGCCUGCUCCUCCGGUGUGCGACCUCCUCAAGCAACCACGUUUCAUUCAAGCGACAACAGCGGAUUGCCCGAUACGAGAGACAACUGGCCGGAUGCGGUCACGAUAUCCAGUCCCUGUCCCGCUUCGUCAAUGCCCAGGCGGUAGCCUUCCGAAAGAUUCUCAAGAAGUAUCGCAAGUGGACAGGCUCCGCCGCUCUCGGAAGUCGAUUCAAGGACACUGUCCUAUCCCAUCCGAAGAGCUUCACCCGACGAGACUACUCCCACCUGCGGCUCCAGUACGACAAUCUAUCUGCGGCCCUACAGGCUGUAACCCCCGCCGGCACCGGCGGGACUCUCUCGCCUUCCAGUCCGCCGGGGACGCCACCGGGGUCCCACAACGACGCCUCCAGCGGAGUGAACGGGGUCCCAGGGCCGGCCUCGCAACCCCGAGACUUUGGUGUCGAUAACCAACAAGGUUACCAAGAGGGUUACUGGAAUGAAUACGAGUACGGCAGCGAGGCGGGCGACAUGGACAAGCAGGCCGACGGCGGCUAUGCCAUCUACGUCGAUCCACAGGAGGAUGCGGGCUUCCCGGGCAUGGCCACACUCGUCGCCAUGUUCCGGGUACCCGUCGAGAAGGCAAGAACCUGGCUUACCCGCGGGCUCGACGAGGAAACACCCGGAACAGACCAGGAACACGGCCCGCUCCUGACCGGCAGCACCUACGACUACGGCAGCGCGCAAGCCAGCUACCCGGGCUCUGCGGACGGCGACUCCCUGUUCCCAACCGACACCGAGGCCGAGGACUCGUCCUACUUCAGGCCCAUCGGCCGGCGUCGGCCGUCCUACCCGACAUCGGACGACUUCCCAGCGGGGUACUCGGUGCACCUGGCGUCCGGCCUGCCGAGCAUCGAGGAGCAGCGCUCGGCGGCGCGGUACCGGGCGCGGGUGCUCCUCCGGGCCACGGUCGGCGGGUUCGCCGUCAGCUUCGUGCUCCUCGGUCUCACGGGGGUGCUGAUCUCGGCGGGCCGCAGGCGCCUGCGCGCCGAGGUCGACGCCGGCGCCGUCGUCGGCGCCGUGGCGAGCCUCGCGUGCGCGUGCGCCGCCCUUAGCGUCAACGUCGCCCGGCCCGACCCGCCUGGCUGGGCCGGCUGGCUGGCCGUGUGGGCCGCGUUCGCGGUCGUGUGCGCGCUCAACGGCGUCUUGUUGGUGGUGGUUGCGGGGCGCUCGGGGUUGUGAAUAAUUGGGGCCAGACGGGGGGCCGGGGUUUGGCUUCCAACAGCAGUUUUGGGGGAGUUCUGUUCUUCCGCGUUUCGGAAGUUGCAUCAGCAGCGUGCAUAGUAGAGGAUGUUGUGCCCUUGGUUUGUGUCGGAGAUCGUGAAUCUUGCUAGGUUCUCGGUUUCUUUUCCUAUUUCCCUCCUUUUAUCACGUUCCCCGUCUCACAAUCACGGCGGGUUCAGAACUGGUAAUUGCUCAGUCCGUUGGAUAGGAAGGCGUUUCUGGCUUACGAAAUAUACAUAUAUAUAUAUAUAUAUAUAUGUACACGACUACGGUGCUCAGUUAGACUGAGGUUCUAGUGUAGGACCAGGACUAAUAUAAAGUGAGGUUCA